AUGAUGGAGGACUUCAACAGCGAGACGGAUAGCGACUAUACCAGCUACUGGAGAGACUGGUUUGUGUCUUCUCGAGGGAACGAAUACUUUUGUGAAAUCGAUGAGGACUACCUGACGGAUCGUUUUAACCUCACGGGGUUGAACACCGAAGUUCCAUACUACCAAUAUGCUCUCGACCUCGUGACUGAUGUUUUUGAUCUUGAUGCCGAUGAUGAUCUGCGAGAGCAAAUCGAGAAAUCCGCCCGCCAUCUGUAUGGCCUGGUCCAUGCGCGGUAUAUUGUCACUACGCGUGGCCUAGCGAAGAUGCUCGACAAAUACAAGAAGUGUGAUUUCGGAAAGUGUCCCCGCGUCCUUUGCGAUGGACAUCCCCUCUUGCCCACGGGCCAAUCCGACCUCCCCAAUAUGAGUACUGUCAAGCUCUACUGCCCCAAAUGCGAAGACGUCUACAACCCGAAAUCCUCUCGCCACGCCUCCAUUGAUGGUGCCUAUUUCGGCACCUCUUUCCACUCUAUCCUUUUCCAAGUCUACCCUGCCUUGAACCCCGAGAAGAGCAUGCGCCGCUACGAGCCCAGAAUUUACGGCUUCAAAGUUCAUGCUGCUGCCGCACUUGCCCGCUGGCAGGAUGGUUGCCGCGAGGACUUGCAGGACCGCCUUGCCGAAUUCGGUAUGAAUCACCGGUUUAUCGAAGAGAGCGAAAGCGAUGAUGACGACGCUUUCGAAUACGGUGAGGAGGCCGAGCCCGUCAAGACCGAGAAAGUCGCCGGAGACGCGGCGUCUGGGCGCAUGGACCUAGGCAACUGA